AUGGCCCGUGCAGCUAUCAUCCGUCUCAUCCCGAAGCUGGAGACCAAAGUUGGACACAUUGCGUGCCUUCAACUUGGCCGCCGUACAAACCAAAGCAAUGCAUGGUAUAGAAGUGUUGUGCUGGAGCGCAUCCCCACCUCGCGCUCAGCUCUCGACGCUGGGCAAUGCAAAGCCAGUAAAAUAAUAGCCGGCAUUCGCAAAGGCAGCCGCAUAGAACAUGCUUUACUUGAGGCCAGCCCGCAGCCACGAAGUACGACGGUGCUCGCCCGUAGCCUCAAAUAUAUGCUCCUGUGCGAAACGCUAGGGGGGCUGUGCGUGCCAGCGCCAGGGCGGUAUACUCGACCGACCGCCCCGCAAGAGAACUGUAUAACACCAUCAUGGCGCAAUGCCCAGAACUUCAUAUUGAAGCCACGGUCCCUCCCCGGCGCCUCUCACGCUGCGGUGGGCACCUCGAGCCCUGUUUCACACAUCACUCGAAGGUGUUACCGCGGAGGACCCGGACGAGGUAAAGCUUCAAUCAUGCACCAGGUAGAUGGCCUGACACUUCCACCUUAA